CCCCCCCACCCCCUCCACCUCACCCCCGACCUUCAAGACCAAACGUAUCAAAAUGGUCCGCACCCUCAAACACCACGAAAAAAAACUCCUCCGCAAAGUCGACUUCCACACGUACAAAUCCGACAACAACCACCGGGAAUCCCUAAUCCGAACCCGCUACCACCUCCAAGACCCCUCCGACUACCGCAAAUACAACCAACUAUGCGGCUCCCUGCGCCAACUCGCACAUAAACUCUCCGAGCUGGACCCCGAGACGGAUCCCGUCCGGAAGAAGCUCGAGAGUGAAGUCCUGGAGAAGUUAUUCCGGAUGGGGAUUUUGAAACAGAGUCGCGAGCAAGGGGCCGGGUUGUCCAGGGUGGAGAGGGAGGUUACGGUUAGUGCGUUUUGUAGGAGGAGAUUGGCGGUUUUUAUGGCGAGGAGUGGGAUGGUGGAGAAUGUUAAGACGGCGGUUACGUUCAUCGAACAAGGCCAGGUACGGGUCGGGACUGAGGUCGUUACGGAUCCCGCGUAUCUGGUCACGCGCAAUAUGGAGGAUUUCGUUACCUGGGUGGAUAGUAGUAAGAUUAAGCGCAGUAUUAUGCGCUAUCGGGAUAAUUUGGAUGAUUUUGAUCUGUUGUGAUCGGAUACCCAUCUAUGUUAUUAUUGUUUCUGGGUUGUGCGGGCGUUGGUAAAAGUUUAUUUAUCCUAUGGUUAUGAAUGGAUUGUUUACGUGGAUGGUUCAUUGGUAUACUGAGUAUUGUGCAUGGGUAGUGGUAAAUUCUAUGGGUAUCAAUGCAAGACGC